AUGGUGGUGUUGACCCGUUUGGGUCCGCCCGAAGCGGGCAUCCGCCACACCCAGCCCCUCAUCACAGUUUACGUCAAUGAACGUCCUUUGGGCGUGGGCACGCUGUACAUCUCCGAGGCUCGGGUCUCAUGGGUGGGUCCGUCGGAGCAAGGCUUCUCAUUGGAAUACCCGCACGUCUCCUUACACGCCAUCUCCAAGGACCUGAGUCAAUUCCCGGCCGAAUGUUUGUACUUGAUUAUCGAUGUCCGACUUGUAGACUCGGAGGGUACGCCCAAUUCCACGCCCAACGGGUCGGACGACGACGACGAUGAGGGCCAAUCGGACCAGGGUAUGACCGAGAUCCGAUUUGUGCCCGAAGAUAAAACCGCCUUGGAACCGAUGUUUCGAGCCAUGUCCGCGUGUCAAGCGUUACAUCCGGAUCCGGCGGACAUUUCGGAUUUGGAAGAAGAAGAUGAGGCGGAGUAUGAUGAGAAUGGAACGGAGGAGACGGAAGAGGGCGCAUUCGAGGAUGCUGAUGAAGAUGAGCCCAAUGGUUUAAGUCAGGAACCGAUGGAUCAAUGAUUCUCUUUUUUUUCACUUAUCGACGUACAAUAUAUCAAAAUUGACAUAUAA